ACGAUUUUCCCAGAUUUCAUUGGUCUAACUUUCCAAGUUCACAACGGCCGUAAGUUCAUUGAUGUUUACGUGACCGAGGACAUGGUUGGACAUAAACUAGGCGAAUUUUCACCGACGCGGACAUUUAGUGGUCACGGCGCUGAUAAAGGGAAGAAAUAAUGGCUAAAGUUGCUCAAGCUCACGUCAAAAUUGAACGCAUUUCGGCUCGUAAAGCCCGCCUAGUGGCCGACACUUUCCGGCGUCAGCCGAUCGGUGAGGCGUUAACCAUUUUGCAAAACGUUCGUAAAAAAGCGGCGCCAAUUUUUAUCAAACUGCUUAACUCAGCCGUGGCAAAUGCGGUCAACAACCACGGACUUAACGCCGACAAACUUUUCGUCAAGAAAGUUUUGGUUGACGAGGGACCGACUUUAAAAAGGUUCCAACCCCGGGGCCGCGGCCGGGCUUUUAAAAUUUUUAAACGCACGUCAAGACUAACGAUUGAAAUCGAGGAAAGGUAAGCGAUGGGACAAAAAGUAAAUCCAAAUGGUUUUCGCUUCGGAAUCACCAAACCGCACAAUGUCAAGUGGUUUGCCAACAAGAAGGACUACGUUAAAAACUUAGUUGAGGAUCAGCGCAUUCACCGCUUUUUUGACCGCCAAGUGCGUACUUACAAAAUCGGUCAAGUCGAAAUUUUGCGGAGUCAAAACAACCAAGUUAUCGUUCGUCUCCACACGGCUACGCCGGCGAUUGUGAUCGGAUCUAACGGCGACAACCUCAAAAAACUGCACGCUGACCUAGUUAAAUACCUUAAAAACCGUGCCAUCAAAAUUAGUCUUGACGUUCAAGAAAUCGAAAGACCCGAACUGAGCGCCCGCCUGGUGGCCGAAGAUAUCGCCGCUAAGUUAGAAAACCGGAGCUCUUUCCGGGCUGUCCAAAAAUUCGCCAUUCGCCAAGCGCUGCGUAACGGCGCGCUCGGAAUUAAAACGCUGGUUGCUGGUCGCUUAAACGGAGUCGAUAUGGCUCGGACCGAAGGCUACGCCGAAGGCGAAAUGAAACUCCACACGCUUCGGCAAGAUGUUGACUACGCCACCGCUAACGCCAACACCACUUACGGAACGAUCGGCGUGAAAGUUUGGAUUUCCAAACGUUUACCGUGGUUAGGAGGUGCUCGCCAUGCUGCAACCCAAGAGAACUAAAAAAACGCUACUAAGGGCAAUAAAGUUGAGUUUGGUCAGUUCGGACUCCAAGCUCAAACGGCAGCCUGGGUUACCUCGCGUCAAAUCGAGGCCGCUCGAAUCGCGAUUACUCGUCGCAUGGGACGGGAAGGCCAAGUCAUCAUUCGCAUUUUCCCGCACCUUUCCAAAACCGCCAAACCAAUCGGAGUUCGUAUGGGUAAAGGGAAAGGGAGCCCCGAGAAGUGGGUCGCGGUCGUGCGGAAGUACGCCGUCAUGUUUGAAGUGCUCGGAGUUGACCCUGAGAUCGCUUUGGCGGCUCUUAGGUUAGGCGGUCACAAACUGCCGGUAAAGUGAAAAAUUUUGACCCGUCAAACUGGCGC